UCAUUUUCAAUUUCUCGCAAUCACAAUGGCCAUCAUAACUCGUCAACAAGAUCCUCAGCUUCAACCUCAACCGUCCCUCCUACCUUUCAAAUACUCGCACCGCGUUCUCCUCAAGACGCUCCUGGACCGCCCGGACGGCGGACGGGGUUUCGCAGGCCAGCGCGUCGUGGUUGGCGGUUGGGUGAAGACUUCCAAGGAGGUUAAGAAACCGGUACCGCCGCCAGCUCCGGCGGCUUCUGUGCCACACGAGGAGAGGUUUAUUGAUCGUGAGAAGAAGGGAGAUAAGGAUAUAUCGUGCGUUGAGAUGCUUCAGUCUCGGAUUCCUCUGAUUCGAUCUAUUUGGGAGGUUUUCGGAGGGGGCGGUUACGGGCGUUCGCAUGCUCCUUCUCGCAAGAGGAUCGAGUCCGCGCCUCCUAAGCCUGCAACUCCGCCGCCGCCGCAGCUUUCUACUGCGUAUCUCCUCAUCACUGAUGGUUCCUGCGUAGCUAGCCUUCAGGUUGUUGUUGAGUCCUCAGUAGCUCAACUCAGCAAUCUCUUGCCUACUGGAACCUGUAUACUAGUCGAAGGUCAAAUAGAAAGACCAGCAACAGAGGGAAAGCAUGUUAUUGAGCUCAAAGCUGACAAAGUUCUUCACAUUGGGACAGUAGAUGUUGACAAGUAUCCAUUAUCAAAGAAGAGAGUUCCACUGGAGAUGUUAAGGGACUUUCCCCAGUUUCGACCGCGUACAACAACGGUGGCAACUGUCAUGCGUAUUCGCAAUGCUCUGUCGUUUGCAACCCACUCAUUUUUCAAUGGUCAAGGAUUCCUUGAUGUGCACUUACCAAUUAUAACCACCACAGACUGCGAAGGAUUUGGCAAAUUGUUCCAGGUGGCCGGCCUGGAACAGAAAGCUGACAAGCAGAAGCUUAGUACUAUCCAUGAGACUGAUGGUGUUAGCCUUGAUAUUGUGAAGGCAGCUGCUAAAGAGAAGAGCAAUAUAGUUGAAACUUUGAAAAGGACUGAGAGCAAUAGGGAAGCUCUGGCUGCUGCAGUUCAAGAUCUGCGAAAAACAAAUGAACUGGUAUCACAGUUGGAAGCCAUAGAGAAGAAAAAUUUAAAAUCCUUAUCAUCGAAGGAUGAGGUGGUUGAUGCUUCUAGAGAUUUGUUCUUGACUGUCUCCGGUCGCUUGCAUCUGGAGAGUUAUGCAUGUGCUCUUGGAAAUGUCUACUCAUUUGGACCAAGAUUCCAGGCAGAUAAAACAGAUUCGGCCAAGCAUGCUUCAGAAAUGUGGAUGGUUGAGGUUGAAAUGGCUUUUUCGCAGUUGCGGGAUGCCAUGAAUUGUGCUAGUGACUAUUUCAAUCACCUCAUUAUGUAUGUUUUGGAAACAUGCCAUGAAGAUAUGAAGUUUAUUGCCAAAAGAAUUGAUAACGCCUGCUUCACUCGUCUUCAGCAGACUGCGUCAGGUUUUCCUGAAAUGCUUUCCUACAAUGAAGUCAUAGAUAUUCUAAGAAAGGUUGAAGAUAAGAAAUUCGAAACAAAUUUCAAAUCAGGUGUUGCACUCACUGCAGAACACUUAAGCUAUCUAGUGGACACCAUCUACAAGAAGCCGGUUAUGAUAUACGAUUAUCCGAAAGAAGCUAAGCCGUUUUACUGUCGCCUGAAUGAUAAUGGAAGAACCGUAGCUGCAUUUGAUCUGGUUGUGCCAAAGGUUGGAACAAUAAUUUCAGGUAGCCAGAAUGAGGAACGAAUUAACAUUAUAAAUUCCAGAAUCAACGAGUUGGUCUUGCCGCGAGAGAAGUACGAAUGGUACCUUGAUCUUCACCGAAAUGGAACUGCGAAGAACUCUGGUUUCACUCUGCGGUUCGACCUUAUGGUCCUCUUCAUAACUGGUCUUACCAAUGUUAGGGAUGUUAUCCCUUUCCCAAGAAGCUAUGGCAAAGCCAACAACUAACUAACUUUUAUGGAUACAAGAGAAGUAUGAUACUCUGGUGGUGUAGCAUAUCAGUUUGAAUGUAUGUAAGUCCUAUUGUAUAUAAAAAGGAAAUUUGUGAUUGAAAUGAAAUUUAAGUCUUGUUGGGAAGUUCUUCUCAUCAAAGCUGUUUACAACAGAU